GAUGGUAGACAUAGACGGGAGAGUUCUUAUAACCUUAUGUAUUUUUGCUGAACUUGUGAAAGAGGCACUUGGAUAAUGGAUUAACAAGAACAUUGCAGUUCUGUGAAAAGUUACAAGUUGAAGAAUACGGAAUUUUCACCCUAGUACAGCAGCGCUGCUGCUCACUUAAAUACAGAUGAAUGAAGACCCCAUUCGGGAAGACCCCUGGCCAGCGGUCAAGAGCUGAUGCAGGCCAUGCUGGUGUGUCUGCAAGCAUGAUGAAGAAAAGGACAUCCCACAAAAAACAUCGGAGCAGUGUGGGGCCAAGCAAACCUGUUUCCCAGCCCCGGCGGAACAUCGUAGGCUGCAGGAUUCAGCAUGGGUGGAAAGAGGGGAAUGGCCCUGUUACACAGUGGAAAGGAACCGUUCUGGACCAGGUGCCUGUAAAUCCUUCUUUGUAUCUUAUAAAAUACGAUGGAUUUGACUGUGUAUAUGGACUAGAACUUAAUAAAGAUGAAAGAGUUUCUGCGCUUGAAGUCCUCCCUGAUAGAGUUGCAACAUCUCGAAUCAGUGAUGCACAUCUAGCAGACACCAUGAUUGGUAAGGCUGUGGAGCACAUGUUUGAGACGGAGGAUGGUUCUAAAGACGAGUGGAGGGGAAUGGUGUUAGCACGUGCACCGAUAAUGAACACAUGGUUUUACAUUACCUAUGAGAAAGAUCCUGUCUUGUACAUGUACCAGCUCUUAGAUGAUUAUAAAGAAGGCGACCUUCGCAUUAUGCCUGAUUCCAAUGAUUCACCUCCAGCAGAAAGGGAACCAGGAGAAGUUGUGGACAGCCUGGUAGGCAAACAAGUGGAAUAUGCCAAAGAAGACGGCUCUAAAAGGACUGGCAUGGUCAUCCAUCAAGUGGAAGCCAAACCGUCUGUCUACUUCAUCAAGUUUGAUGAUGAUUUCCAUAUCUAUGUCUACGAUUUGGUGAAAACAUCCUAGAUGUCAUCACGAACUUUGCCAAAUUUGUGGAACUAUUAAAUGUAUAAUUUGUAGACAUAAAGACUUGAUUGCUUUCCAGUUUAAUGAAAGCUUAAAUGUCCCUGCGAACCCACAAUCUCUGCAGCAGAACUGGUUUUGUUCUGACUAGUACAGAUUUAUGUGAACACAGAGCAUUUUGUGUAAGGAACUCCUUCCUCUUAAAAGAAGUCUGUUUGGAGGGGAGUUACAGGCAAGUUUGGUAAAAGUUCAGCUAGUAUCUAUCAUACAUUUAAAACUAAUAGUUCUUGUCCAUCUUCCCCUUCACUCUAACACUCUUAUUCUGCUGCCACAAUGCAAGCAUAGUUUGGUAUUUUUGUUACUGCCUUUUUGAGAUAUAUAUGUAUCUAUGUCUACCUACCUAUCUAUUGAUCUGUGUGUAUACAUAUGUAAUGUAUCUAUACAUACACAGAUCUGUGUGUCCACACAUACACACACACCAUCGGCAGUCCUUUCUUUGUGGAUCAGAACAGGGGUUAAAUAAUUAUCUCCAAUUUAACAGGAGUUCUUUACCCAAGUUAGUCAUAUUUGCUAUUUACUACUGCUAUUAAUUAAAAAAUUAAGUUUGGGCACAUAGCGACAGUCAGCUUGUUUUGAAAGUCAAGUUCAGAGCACCUUUUCAACCUGGAGACUUUAAACCAUAGGUCCAAAUAUGAAUCACUUGUGAACAGUUAAUAACCCACAUCAGAAUUUUACAAAACAGCUGGAAAUCUGGAUAAAAGGCUGCCUUUAGUUUUACGCUAUGUAAAGUUUUUUUUUUUGUUUACCUUUUUUUUUUAUCAUACUUUUUUUUUUUU